GGGCGCUGCGGGACCGGAGGUUUGGUUGCGUGUGUGCCAUGGACUCAGCCGCCCGGUGAUAUUGACAAUAGGAGAGAGAAAGGGGCAUUCACGGGGACCCGCGGCGGGUAGCGAACGGCGGCUCUGGCAGCGGCGGCUCCGGCUUCAGCGGCUCUUCCUGCUCCUCCUCCCGACUCUUCCGCCGGCCGCGGCUGCUGCAGGUCCCGUCUUCCUCCCUCCCUCCCCCCCUCCCCACCUCGCCGCCGCCGCCGCCGCCGCCGCCGCCGCCGGGUCCGGGGUAACGAGCUGAGGCGCCGCCCGCCGGGAAUGUGAGCGAGGAGCCGCCGGCGGAGCCGCAACGGGGUCAGUGCCGAUUUGAUGGGCCGGGCCCGCGGGGGAGGAUCGUGAGGCCGCUGCCGUCGCCGCCGCCGCCGGAACGCUCAGGAUCGGGUCCGGCCCGAGAGGCCUAGAGGCGCCGCCGCCGCCGCCGCUGCCGCGGAACCGGAGAGACGCCGCACCGGACAGCCAUCGCCCCGGGCUCCCCGCCGCCGCCCGGACCUCCCCCCGCACGUCCCGGCCCCGCCGCCCGCCCCCGCCGCGGCCCCCUCGCCCGUCCUCCGCCCCUCGAAACCACAGAUCGUCUCUGGAUUCUUCCCCACGAGCUUCAAGUAGGGAUAUGUCCUCAGCACCAACUACUCCUCCAUCAGUGGAUAAAGUAGACGGAUUUUCUCGGAAGUCCGUCAGAAAAGCCAGACAGAAGAGGUCGCAAAGUUCCUCCCAGUUUAGGUCUCAGGGCAAGCCUAUUGAGUUAACACCUCUGCCGCUGCUCAAAGACGUUCCAACCUCAGAGCAGCCUGAACUGUUCCUAAAGAAACUUCAGCAGUGCUGUGUCAUUUUUGACUUCAUGGACACGCUAUCUGAUCUUAAAAUGAAAGAAUACAAGCGCUCCACUCUUAAUGAACUGGUGGACUACAUUACAAUAAGCAGAGGCUGUUUGACAGAGCAGACUUACCCUGAAGUAGUUAGAAUGGUAUCUUGCAAUAUAUUCAGAACUCUCCCUCCUAGUGACAGCAAUGAAUUUGAUCCUGAAGAAGAUGAACCUACCCUUGAGGCAUCAUGGCCACACCUACAGCUUGUAUAUGAAUUUUUCAUACGAUUUUUGGAAAGCCAAGAAUUCCAACCCAGCAUUGCCAAAAAAUACAUAGACCAGAAAUUUGUAUUACAGCUUCUGGAGCUAUUUGACAGUGAAGACCCUCGGGAACGGGACUACUUAAAAACAGUCUUGCACAGAAUUUAUGGCAAGUUUCUUGGUCUUAGAGCAUUUAUCCGAAAACAGAUUAACAAUAUUUUUCUAAGGUUUGUUUAUGAAACUGAACACUUCAAUGGUGUAGCUGAACUGCUGGAAAUAUUAGGAAGUAUUAUCAAUGGCUUUGCUUUACCCCUUAAGGCAGAACACAAACAGUUUCUGGUGAAAGUGCUGAUCCCUUUACAUACCGUCAGAAGCUUGUCACUCUUCCAUGCCCAGUUGGCGUAUUGUAUAGUACAAUUUCUGGAAAAAGACCCUUCACUCACUGAACCAGUUAUUAGGGGGUUAAUGAAAUUUUGGCCUAAAACAUGCAGUCAAAAAGAGGUCAUGUUCCUUGGGGAACUCGAAGAAAUUUUGGAUGUGAUUGAACCUUCACAAUUUGUUAAAAUUCAAGAACCUUUAUUUAAACAGAUUGCCAAGUGUGUAUCUAGCCCCCAUUUUCAGGUGGCAGAAAGGGCCCUCUAUUAUUGGAAUAAUGAAUACAUUAUGAGUUUGAUAGAAGAAAACUCUAACGUUAUCCUUCCCAUCAUGUUUUCCAGUCUUUAUAGGAUUUCAAAAGAACAUUGGAAUCCGGCUAUUGUGGCGUUAGUGUACAAUGUAUUGAAAGCGUUUAUGGAAAUGAACAGCACCAUGUUUGAUGAGCUGACAGCCACAUACAAGUCAGAUCGUCAGCGUGAAAAAAAGAAAGAAAAAGAACGUGAAGAAUUAUGGAAGAAAUUGGAGGAUCUAGAGUUAAAGAGAGGUCUUAGACGUGAUGGGAUAAUUCCAACUUAACAGAAACACGACAGCAACAUGACUAACCUGUGGAGUCACACAUUUAUGUAGUAGAAGAUGGAGCAACAGUUUUCUGUAUUGUGCAACUUUACAGUAGAUUUCACAUUUGUUUCAUUAUUACAACAGCACUGUAUAUACCUGUCUUUAAGUAAAGGAAAAAAAAUAAGGACUUCAAUCCAAAGUUUGGACAGUAGAUGGACUUCUCAGAACUUUGCAAACAUAAUCAUUGUUCUAACCCUCUUAAAAAAAAAAAAGUGGUCUUCAAAGAUCUGUUGAUGAAAUUGCUAUGUUUAAAUUCCAUUAUCAGGAGUUCUUAUUUAUCACUAGCAGAGAGUAUGAUACAAUUUUCAAAUGUGAACAAUCUUAAAUUUAGCUUAUCUUUCUGCUAAGCUGUUAAAUGUAUUUAUAGUAAAGGAAGAAAAAGAUUGUCAUUUCCUUAUAAGUCUGUGUAACAUCCUCCUUUGGAUAACUUGAUGAAAUUUGACAUCUUUUCCUUUUGCACAUCUUCAUGAGUUGAAUGUCCACAUAGAAUGGGGCUGUGAAUUACCAAAGCCCCUCAGGAAAGUUUUGUCUACUGGGGUGAACAUCUUUCCAGUAACCAGGUAGUCCUGGCACUCCUUUAGUUUUCAAAUUAGGAGUAAAAUAAGAGGAGAGGUGAUAAACAUAGUAGGGAAGGGAAUUUUGGAUUCAUACUUGAGUCGAAUGGAGGAUCCAAAUCAAUGUCUUGAAUCCUUUGAAAACAGGCACUGGGACACCACAGGCUUCAGUGCCUGACCAGUAUUAGUUGCAUCCAUCCUUGAGCAUACAUACCAGAGACGGUGUAGAAAUGUCACAACAUCCUUUUGGACCAUACAAUAAAAGAAAAACAAACACUAAACAACACACAACCAUGAAAUUGAUUGCCAGGAAUGUGAAUUGAAUUGGGAUAAGAGUUGAGCAAACAGCUUGGACUGUUUGGAGUUGUUGCCUUACUUUUUAAUAUGUAUUUAUAAAGUAUUCCAGCAAAAGAGGAUGUAGCCUCUGGGGGGAAAAAAAACCCACGUUACAGUGUUUUUUGUAGAUUCUCAUUCUAUAUAUCAUCACCGCGCCAGCCAGCCCUGUUUUUAGCCAGAAAGGAUUCAGGAUACACAUUAUGCAUCUUCAAUUGGAUGCAUAUUCCUAACUACUGUAUUUGUUACCAAAAGUGGUUCUACAAAUGCUACUGAAAAAAAAUCUGGAAAUUCCUAAUGUCCUGAGUAUUAAUAAUAAAGUUUAAAAGUGCUUUUAUAUCAAAGGUGCAUCGUGACCAAAUUGUUUAAGAAAAACACAGUUGUUUCAGAAACAAGAUCUAGGGCUGUAUUGUAGAUAGAUCUUCUUGGCUUUCUGCUUUGGUAUUAGGAGAGGAAUCUUAUACCUUGGGUAGGUAAGCUGCUGUAAGACUAAAGUACAGUAUGGACUUACCCAACGUGGUUCCAUGACUAUGUACAGAGAGCUGUGUGCUUUGGCCUUGUCUUCAGGAUGCUUUUGCUUGUGGUGGACGUGGCAGCAGUGGGUUGAUUUCCUCAGCUGUCACUUCCAGCCAUGCUCAUCGAAUGAGCUGAUUCCUGUUCAUAUGUUGAAUUGUGGUAGUAGCAAACGUGAACAUAUGAACUAUUGUUGCUUUAAAUAGACAAGUAUUAUAAAUACGGGCUUGUAUGUUUUAUUCCAGCCAUUUAACUAUUGAGUAGAAUAUAUAGUUUUAUUAUUUCCAAGGAAAAGAGGGGGAAAGCCACUGACCUCUUACCCCUCCAUAACUCUGUAAAAAAAAGAAAAAGAAAAAAAGACAGAAACAAAACUUGGCAUGGUUAAUUCCCCAAGAGAAACUGCAGUAAAAAAGUGAUACGCAAUUAAUAUAAUGACUAGAUUUUUUUUUCCCCUCUAAAAAGAACAUUAAUAGUGAUCAAUGUAAUCAGUGUAGGCAGAGGAGCAGAGGUGUAAGAUAAGAAUAGAUUUAUUUACAAUGAUUAAUAAAUCUCUGAAACUUGAAAAAAAUAGAUUUACCACAUCUCCUUUAGUCCCUUUGAUUUUUAACACUUUAGUUUUGACUGCAUUAUGUUUUCUUUCUGAUAGCAUAAACUUUUGUUUGCCACAAAGUCAUCUUCACAUAGAAGACAUUAAAAUCACAGGAUUAUGGAAGCCUAUUGGAAAUCAAUGCAGUCGUUUAAAAGGAGAAAGGCAGGAUCCCCCUUUGCAGCUUACCUGUCCUCAGAGUUAAGCCCUGAUGCCAGACCUGGAUAUUAAUCAUUCCAAAUGGAAAGGAAUAAAGCCAAGUUUUAGACAUAGUUAAAGAAGCAGAUAGAAGUAUCUGUCAUCUAAAACUCACAGGCCACUUCUGAGAAGAAACUUUGUCUUUUUGAACCUGAAAGUGACAAUGUGACAUUCGUCAUGUUGUGUGCGGUGCCGUGGAGUAGCGGAGGUAAAGUGACUGUUGCACUAUAUGACAUCCGUAAGGACGUACUGGCUGCGUUUGCAGCAGCCCUGCCCCCUUGUCCCUUCCCACACAGUUCUGCUGUUGAUUGUGACAAAAAUGCAUCUUUUGUGUUUUAUUUUGUUGGCUUCAUAGUUUCCAGAACUAUAUAUAAAUAUAUUUUUUAAAUAGCAAAUAUUGUAGUUACUGAGUGAUGAUCACUCCACCUUGAUCCCUACCAUAUUGGUUUCAGGGAUAGGAUUAAGAGUGUCCUUGGAAGAAAGAAAAUACACAGAACCCUGUGGUUUAGGGUGAAGCAGAGGCUCAGGCUGUGGGCCUAGAACCACGUGUGUGUGAGGUACCCAUGUUCUAUGAAUCAAGCAUGCAUUCCUUUCUCUCAUCGUGCAGGUGUCCCCGGCUGUUCGCCCGCUGUGUUUAGUGUUUGUCCUGUUCGCCCUUCCUAACAUCUGAGUGGUUUUUGUUUUUUUUUUUUAAUUUUUAAUAAAAUAAGAGAAAAGAAAAAAAAAAUCAAGAAAUAAUGCCCUUGACAUAGCUGGAUACUCACAAGCAGGGUUAUGCUCCUUCCUCUGUCUUGGGCUCGUUUGCCUCAAUGGAAGAAUUUAAUUUACUUUGUACCUCAUUCUAAGUGGGGCAAUCCAGGGUGCAGAGCUAGGAAUUGCUGGUAAUGCACCUGCUGUCCUGAAAAAAAUGUAUAGCCCUAGGCUCAAAGGAAAGGAAUUUUUAAAAAGUAUAUUUAGAGCUUCAGAAGCUUAAAAAAAAUUUUUUUUGGGGGGGGACUGGGAUGUGGUGGACAAGGGAUAUGUGGAUGUUAGGAUGUUAUUGGCAUUUUUUUCAUGUCCCAGGGUUUUUCUUUUUUCCUGCCCCCCCCCCCCCCCCUUUCAUUUGGAUGCACUGGCUUAAUUAGUCCAGGAAGUGAAGACACAUGCUUUUUUGAUGCUGUUACCAUGUUACCACAAAAUAACAGUCACCUGUAACAAAAAAAAAAAAAAAAAGGUGGCACCAGACAUGAUCAGUGAUGUUUUAUUUGCACAUGAAUAUUUUUAUUUUUGUAUACUGGCUCAGCUGCUUCUCUUGAGUGGAGUUAAGAAAUGAGCCAUAAAGGAUUUUUUGUAAUAGGUAUAUUGGCAAUGCAUUUUAUAUUCCUCUAUAUUUAAUUUUGCAAUCCUGAAAGAGGGAUGGUGCAUUUUGAGAGAAAGUUUAGCAGACUUAGAUCUAGCUGUUAAUGUGUGCUGCUUCUGGUUCAUGUUGGCAGCAGUAGUAUCUCUCUUGGAAACAAACAUCCCAUAUUAAUGGUGUCUGUGAAUAAAGCUUUCCUUUUUUUCCAUCCCUCUCUACCCUCUCCUUUUCCUUCCCCUGUGUUUUUCUCAGACCCUCCUUAUUUUUUUUUUUUUGGAAAUCACUUAUUGUAAAUAAGUUGUAAUCCACACCUCAUGUAUCAAUGGGGAACUUUCAAAUAUAAAUAUUACCAAGACAUUUUUCUGGUUGUUGUCUUGAUUUUUGACUGGGUGUAAUGAGAAUACCAUGUCCGUUGCUUUUGGUUUGAGGAGUUCGCUUGCGCUUCAUCAGUCUUUUGCUAUUUUAGUAUUUCAUUGUCUUAGCAGGAGAGGGCAGCAACUGUUCACUUGUCUUGUUAGUGAUGCUGUGCUUCUUGGUUGGUUUCAAGCUUAGCUGUGAGAAUGUACAUGUGUCUCUUCAAACAGCAUCUGUUUAUGGAUAGAGGAAAAACGGAGACAUUUUUGAUAUGAAAAGUUGCAUAUGAAAAUGAAAGACUGGUCCAAGCAGACCAUGAAGACUUCUGAUCUCCCACCCUGUGGAAAUGGUACAAACGGAUCUUCUCGCACCGGCCAAAACACCACAGAAGGCGAGCUGAGUCUAAACCCUUGGAAUCUCAAAUGUUCUUUGGAAAUGGUUUACUUUCUUCAAAGUGGUAAUAGAAACCAACGUGAAGGUGCUCUCCCAAAGAAAUGUAAGCUUCCCUUUCACAUUGAGAGAGGUUCUGUACCUUGGGUGCGUCACAAUAAAGCAGAGUGAAGAGUU